AUGUCCUUUCUCUCUUUAGACAACCUAUGGAACGACCAGAAUCUGGAGGCAGAUCUUGAUCUUCCCCCAGGAUGGAGGAAAAUACACGACUCCUCUGGGACCUACUACUGGCAUGUGCCCACGGGAACCACCCAGUGGCAACACCCAUCUUGCCCCUCUGGUUUAGCACACACUGGGGAAGCUGCAUUGCCAGAAACGGAUCUUCAGGUUGCAGCAGUAAGACGUCUGCCAAGGGAGAGACCUAUCCCAAGUCCGAUGGCAUCGCUGCCCAGAAGGACAUCAGUGAGCUGGCAUGGGGAGGAGCAUCACCAGGGCAACCCAGAGCUUGGCUCCAAGUGCUUCGUUGUGCGUUCGUUGGGCUGGGUAGAGGUCCCUGAGGAGGACUUGGCUCCUGGCAAAAGCAGCAUUGCCGUGAAUAACUGCAUCCAGCAGCUCUCCCAGAACAAGUGUGACGACUGGGACCCUGCGGACAGGUGGGGUGAGGGCCAAAACAUGGUGAUGAUCCUGAAGAAGGACACUAUGAGUUUAGUGGAUCCUUUGGACCAGAGCCUCAUCCACUCCCAACCCAUCAUCAACAUCCGUGUCUGGGGUGUCGGCUGCAACCACGGCAGGGAUUUUGCUUUCGUGGCCAGUGACAAGGACACGUGUAUGCUGAAGUGCCACGUCUUCCACUGCAAUGUGCCUGCCAAGGCCAUUGCCAAGGCCCUGCAUGAAAUGUGCUCCAAGAUCAUGGCUGAGCGAGCCGUGGCAAGUAACAGCCUCAGCCGAUCUGUUACCUUUGAACCUGUCACUCCAGAUGACGUCUCUCUACAAGUUGACAUUCUGGAUGCCGUGGGAGAGUCUGUCCGGAAAUAUGAAGCUUUGUAUAUUGGCACCUCACCAGUGUCCAAGGCCAUGGGGAUGGAUGUGCUAAAUACUGCCAUUGAAGACCUGGUGGGCAGCCGUGGCCGUGACCAGUGGACUCCAUCUGUUGUCAGUGUUUCAGACUCAGUGAUGCAAGCAGACCAAGCUGAGGCUGAGGAGGAGGACGGCUCUUGCCUGUGGGAAUGUCAGGUCCGCUAUGUGACUUUUAUUGGGAUUGGGAAAGACGCCCACACCUUCGCACUCAUCACUGACAUGGGCCAACAACGUUUCCAGUGCACAGCUUUUUGGUGUGAGCCAGAUGCCGGCACCAUCUCAGAAGCGGUGCAGGCCGCAUGCAUGGUCCAGUAUCAAAAGUGCUUAGUGGCUUCUACAUCGCGAAUGAGACCAAAGAAUGGCUCACGCUCCAUCCUGAAGAUGAAAAGGACAGUGUCAGUGGACUCAUCAGUCUGUUCCUUUCCUGUCACAGGGCACUCCCUGCAGAAAAAUGGCAGCGCAGCCACUACACGCAAGAGGGGUUUAUUCUCAUUCUUUGAAGCAUUUCGCCAAAAACAUUCCAUGCUACACACCCCUUAGCCCAAAAGAUGUGGGGUGAGACAGGGAUGGUGGGCCCCUCGUGAUACUUAACAGUGGCCUUCCUUUGAUAUCCAGGUUCAGAAUGUAAAUAGCAUACUUUUGUCUGUUGCCUCUUUCACUGAAUCUAAGAGCCAACAGAUCCAAGCAAAUCUGGCCCCUGAGAGAGGACUGUGGCUGAUUCUAGACAUGUUAUGCAUAGUUUUGCUAGUCCUUUGCCAUGUAGAUGCUAUGAGAAGGAGGGAAUAUUGUUUUCAGGGCGAAGAAUAAACAAAGCUGCACCUGAAUGUUUCGAUAAUGUUCUUCGGCAUGUGGAGUAGGCAGCAUCCACAGGCUUAAAACGUUGCUCCUGCUUGCCCAGGGUGGGCUAUGGAACAGGGCACAGCAGGCAUGCCAGCUUGAAGCAGUACGUAGCUCCACUUGGUUUUUUGCAGUAAAAGCUGUAUCGCGACUCUUCCUUCCCCAGCUUGUAGCAUGAAUGCUUGGCAUAUGAAACCUGACUGCAACCCUAGGCAGGCCAUGGAACAGCCACCCGUGUUAAUUUGUGGCAGCAAAUAGAUGCUUGUGAGCCUCUGGAUUUAUCAGAUGUCAGUACAGGUACACAUUUCCCUUGAAAAGUGGCAAAUAGUCUAUUCUUUUUGAAUCCGCAUACUGAGACACAAGGACUCUCUCAACCCCUCUCCCUCCCUAAAUCUGCUCCAUAAUACUUUAGGGGGCACACAGGGGGAGGAGGGGGGUGUCUCGUUUUAUUGUGCAAUUGGAUGUUCUUCACACAGUGCUACAGUGGCUACAGCCCAUACACUGUUCCAUCAAUGCCACCACACUAUUAUCUCUUCACAGUAUAGCCUGCAACAGGCCUGAGUUUCUUUGGCAACGUCUGGGCUAAUCCUUUAACUUCUGUACGUGCUGUAGCAACUAUUCUAAUAACACCAGCAUGCCUAGUCAGGCACUUGGAUUGGGAACAAUGAAUUGACCAGGCCAUCACUGUAGGACCCAAUGCUGGCUAGCAACUCUGACAGACACAAGUGAUUCACACUUGUAAGAUGUAGGUAAGGAGAAUAUAAAGCUGCCUGUGGACUCCCCCCCCCCAUUUUUUUUAAAAAAAGAAAAAGGCUAUAAUAUUGAGAGCUUCUUGCACCAACAUUGACAAAAGUGAAGAGACUGCUGGGUCCCAUUUGAUCUGUGUCUAGAAAUGGGGAGUGAGGCUGGUGCGAUGAAAGUGUAAAUCUCCAAACAAGUUCCUUUCUUUUCUGUUUGGGAGAUAAGGUAACCCAUCAACUUUAUCUUAUUUAUAACUAGCCCCAGAUUAAGAUAGACUCAAGUCUACCUCAGUGAUACUUUAUAUCUGAUCAUUUGUGCAAAUAAACUGCUAAUA